UCUCUCUGGUGUACUUCACACUAUCGCCCCAAGCUCAGCCGAGUGCGGACCGAUCAGUCGUUGACCGGCCAGAAGCGGUGUCUUCGUUUCAUUCGACCAUUGUGCAAACCUACAGCGUUGAUCGUCAUCAACCUUAGCCGGAAUCGAUUUAAUGCGUUUUGUGCGAAAAAGUUCCUUUAUCUUUCGUUGUAACUAUGUUCUCGUCAUCAGUAAAACUGAGAUAUCCGAUUACACUCUCAACAGUCAGCAGAAAAUGCACAGCUGCCAGUGCGGUAACACCCAAACCGUUCAGCGAAAUUCCAGGCCCUCGUGGACCAUUCGGGCUAGGGAACCUGUACAAUUAUCUACCAAUAAUUGGAAAAUACAAUUUCGACGCGUUGCACAAGGCCGGCAAGGACAAGUAUGAGCAAUACGGUCCUAUCGUACGAGAGAAAAUGUUACCCGGAAACGAAGUGGUGUGGAUUUACAAUCCCGACGACAUCGCCACCGUGCUCAACGAUCAAACCCCGGGAAUGUACCCCUCCAGGCGAAGCCACACUGCUCUAGCAAAGUACAGGAGAGAUCGACCUAACAUCUACAGAACGGCUGGACUGCUGGCAUCAAAUGGACCCGAGUGGUGGAAAAUACGCUGCGAACUGCAGAAGGGAUUGAGCUCCCCAAAAAGUGUGAGGUAUAUGCUGCCGCUAACCGAUCAGGCCACGAAAGAGUUCGUAGCGCAAAUUAGGCCGACAACAAACAGCACUAACGUGCCAGAUUUCAUGGAUGCCUUGUCGAGGCUAAACUUAGAAUUAACAUGUUUGAUGGCUUUCGAUGUUCGUAUGGACAGCUUUUCCGAGGAGCAAAUGCAGCCAAAUUCUGUAUCCACGCGCCUCAUAGAUACAGCUGAAAUUACCAACCAGAACAUCAUACCUACAGAUCAUAGUAUUCCCCUGUGGAAACUGUUUGAAACCCCAGCAUACAGAAAAUUAAGAGAGUCUCAGGAAUAUAUGGAAAAAAUAGCCAUAGAGAUGGUGGCCAACAAAAAGACUCUUUUCGAUGCAAAUCGUUCAAAGCAGACCGCCGAGGAGACCAACUCACGAUCACUGCUGGAAGAUUAUCUAAGAAAUCCAAACCUUGAGAUCAGCGACAUAGUGGGUAUGGCGGCGGAUAUCCUACUGGCUGGAGUUCACACGAGCACCUAUACAACCUCAUUCGCGUUGUAUCAUCUGUGCAAACACCCCGAAGUUCAGCAAAAGUUGUAUGAAGAGGCGUCCAAAAUAUUGCCCGAUCCUCGAAUAAACGCCAUCGAACCAGUAGCGUUGAACUCUGAAGCAUCCUACUGCCGAUCGGUACUGAAGGAGUCUCUACGGCUGAAUCCCAUUUCCGUUGGUGUGGGACGUAUUCUGAACAAGGAUACCGUUCUCGCAGGAUACAACGUACCCAAGGGAACUGUGGUGGUCACACAAAACAUGAUCUCCUGUCGUUUGGAUAAAUACUUCAAGGAUCCACAUCUCUUCAAUCCCAACCGCUGGAUGAGAGCGAACAAGGAGAAUAUAAAUCCGUAUUUGGUACUCCCCUUCGGACACGGGAUGAGAUCAUGUAUUGCCAGGAGAAUGGCGGAACAGAGUAUGCUGGUUCUGCUGCUGAGGCUGAUUAGAUCAUUCGAGAUAAGCUGGGCUGGCACCGAGCACAUGGAUAUCGUAUCGAAACUGAUCAAUCAACCAGAUCAACCGAUAAAAAUAUUAUUCAAGCCUAGGGAGAAAUAAGUUUUUAAAUGUUUGAUGUAUCAUGUUGUUCUUUUAUGCUUCCUUUUCACGGAUCAAGUUUUUCUUUCGAAUGUAUUAUCUUAUAUUUCGUCUAGUUUGCAAGAGCGGUAAAUUGUAAAUUGUAUUCAAAAUAAACUACAGGAAGAAAUCCAAAGUUUAUGAAG